UCAAAACCUACGUUUCGGAAAUGAAAUGGGGGCAUGUUAGACAUUUCACCAUAAUCCCCCCCACCCCCUUCCUCUCUCUCUCUCUCUCUCUCUCUCUCUCUCUAGGGUUUUGCUCGUCUCCUUCCUGCUUCCUCUGCAACACCUGAGAGUCGGAGACUCGGAGUAAUGGAACCUUCCUCUCCGUUGCGUCUCUUUCUUUCCUCCAUCUCCUUCUCUGCGUCGAAAUCCUGCGGUGAGGGCUUUAUUCUCUUUAACCCCAUCGGUUUCGUCUUCUUAAUCCAUCUCCUCGUCGUCGCCGUCUCGGCCGGCAACGAUAUCCACCCCGGCGACUCGGAGGCUCUCCUGCGCUUCAAGUCCGCGGUUUCGGACCCUUCUGGUUCCCUUUCCGGCUGGCGGACGGGUUCGACCUGCGAUCUCUGGCCUGGCCUCCUUUGUUCCAACCGAACUGGCCGCGUUAUCCGCCUAAACCUCCCUUCCUGCUCCCUCCAAGGCCCUCUCCACCCUUCUGUUUGCGCUCUCCCCGCGCUCCAGUCGAUCUCUCUCUCCGGAAACCGUCUUUCCGGUGAGAUUCCCGCCUGCCUUGGCGACCUCCGCUCCCUUGAGACGCUCGAUCUCCGAGGCAACCUUCUCUCCGGCGCCGUCCCCCUAUCCUUAUCCGGCCUCCCUCGUCUUCAGCACGUGGACCUGUCCCGGAACGAACUUUCGGGCACGAUUCCUUGCUUCAGUGCAGCCGCAGCUACGCUUUCUUUCGUCGACCUUUCUGUGAACUCGCUUUCUGGCGGGAUCCCCUCAUGCAUCUCUCGUCUCCGCUCUCUAAAUGUGCUCAACCUGUCCGUCAAUUCCUUUCGAUCCCCACUUCCGCCCUUCCUCAGGUUCUCGAGUGAGCUCGCUGUCCUUGACCUACACUCGAACGAUCUCUCUGGCCGAAUCCCAGUAGAAUUGUCGGACUCUGGCAGCUCGUCAGGGUUAGUGUUUCUGGAUCUCUCCUUCAACAGGUUCUCCGGAGAGAUUUCGGCAGGGGUAUUUGAGCUGCGUCUGCUUCAGGCCGUCAUCCUUUCUCAUAACUCGCUUUCCGGUGACAUUCCGGCGUCGGUCGGCAACCUGACGAACUUGCAAGUCCUGGACUUGUCCGUCAAUUCUCUGAGCGGAUCGAUCCCUCUGAGCCUUGUCGGUUGCUUUCAGUUGGUUGAAUUGAAGCUUAAGGCAAAUAACCUCUCCGGAUCGCUCCAUCCCGAGCUUGACGCGCUCUCGAGCCUCAGGAUUCUUGAUUUGAGUGACAACCGGAUCUCCGGAGAGAUCCCACUGCCGCUGGCCGGCUGCAAGUCGCUUGAGAUCGUGGACCUCAGCAGGAACGCCUUCACUGGCGAGUUUGCCGAUGCCUUCCUCAAGUGGACUGGCCUCCGGAUGCUUUCACUUGCUGGAAACAACUUCCAAGGCGAGCUCCCUAGCUGGAUCUUCUCCUUCGAUAACCUCCGAGUGCUUAACCUCUCUCGCAACAAUUUUUCCGGCGCCAUACCUGAGAGCGUCCUCAACGCCGACUCUGUCCUCGCCCGCGGCGGUGAUCCUCCCGGUCUUUUCCUGGAAUUCCACCCGGUUGUCGUGGUCUCGAUUGAGAUUGCCCCAGAAAAUCGGCAAUUAGGAUUCAGUUAUGAUCUCUUGUCGGUAGUAACAAUCGACCUCUCUGGAAACUAUUUGUCCGGGGAAAUUCCGGCUGGCUUGUUGAGUCUGAAGGGUGUGGAAUAUCUCAACCUCUCCUACAAUUCGUUUUCCGGCGGGAUUCCGUCGGGUUGGGCAAAUAUGAGCGCGUUGCGCAGCCUGGACCUCUCCCACAACUCGUUAUCCGGCCAGAUUCCAGCAGAUAUCUCAGACCUUGAGAACCUGACCUUCCUGAACCUGUCCUACAAUUGCCUCACUGGCUCUGUGCCUGAGAAGAAGCGGAUUUGGAGCUUUCAGGGGGCAUUCGUGGGUAAUCCGGGGCUCUGUGGAGAAGGUUGCUCUGGAAACGAUAUUCCGGUGCCAGUGGUGAGCGACGGGGAAGAAUUCAUGUCGAUGACCGCAUUUGCUGUAAGCGCGGGGAUGAGCUUCUACCUGUCGAUUGGUGCACUUUUCCUCUGGCCUCAAUCGAGGAAUUAUGUCCUCCGUCCAUGGAAGCCAGAAUCCUGAGGUGGCUUUCCGGCAUUAGUUUCUUCAUCUGGAGGCAGUUUGUCGUCUUCUGGGACGUGGAAUUUGCCAUUUGAGAAUGGUGAGUUGGCAUGAUGAAGUUUGAUAUGUUGGGGAUUGGUAUCUAAUGGCAUCUAUCUUGAACGCGUGGUGGUUUGGAAGUCUGUUGGAUGGUAGACAUGAUUUACGCACUGCAAAACUUACAAUCCACAGAAUCAAGAGUGGGAAUUUGUGAUAUUUUGUCGAGCAUUUACUCUGCAGGCAGAUUAACUUAAAUGGUGAGCAACUGCUCACUACGUAUGGGGUAAGAAGGAAACAGAAGGAGCCUAUUUGCUUCUGGAGUGCUCGUGUUGUGGAGGGAAGGCGUUGGUCUAAAAAUUUGAAGCCCGAGGCAA